GUUCUUCCUAGUCCCACUCUUUAGUUACUAUUUACAAAAUUGUAAUCGGCGACUCGAUUCUUAGCACUUUUCAGUAACUGAAUUUCCAAGAUUGCAAACAACGAACAGUAUGGGCCCUUUUAGCCAAGGCGCUUCACUUGAGGCAAAUAUUGCCACACUGUGCAGAAGAUUUAGGUUUCAUGAAGUGGAAGAAUGUGUGCUGCCUAUUUUUCGCAAAGUCACUUGGAGACAAGUUUUGUAUUUGCUAAAGAGACACAGGAAAACUCUUAGUUUAGUGAAUAUUGCACAAGCACUGAUUGCAUCAGCAAAGGAUGAGCCUUUUGCAUUCCUGGAGGACAUGUAUUUCGAACUGUACCUCACACAUAAAAUCGUACAUAGUAAAAGUUACACUUGGAAUGCAUUUAAAAUGAUUGGAGGUCAAGGAAAAGCUGGUCUAGUGACAGAGAUGCAGAUUUCUGAAGCACUGAAGAACUCAUUCAGAUCAUUAGCUCAUGCACCAAGAAUUAAAGUAAAGUUGUUUGGUUCUCUCUCUUGGAUCAUGAUUAUACAGAAGAAACAAAAGCAUUCUGGCACAGAGUUUGAGCAGCAGCCAUUCAUUUGUGCAUAUAUCCCUGGUGAACCAUAUUUCUUUGCUUCACAAAAAAAUGUAAAAACAAACAUUUCAGAUGGGCUAUUGUCUACAUUUGGGUACAGGAGAUUAAAUGACUGCAAACUGUCAGCUCCUGAUAUUGCAUCAAUGGUAACACUGCUAAGAAAUAAAGCUGCUAAAGCAUUUGAUGCUCAUUCAGCUCAACAUUCUAUUGUUCCAUACUCUCCAGGGCCAAGUGUGGCAACAGAAGACGGCAUGGAUUUUACUGACGAACAGUGGAAGAUAAAUUAUGCCAAUAUUGUUUUUGGAAAAGAUUGUCCUGUGAUGAAAAAGUUCACUGUUAAGGAGGUGGGGCCCAUUGUGAAGAACAGGCAAAUGUAUCGAACUACGUUUACCAUUCGGUCAAAUGACGUAUUUCAGUUUCUAAAAGUAUUACUUGUGAAAGGUAUUCUUACAAUGCCGUUAUCACCAUAUAUUGAAAGAAUAAUAACCCUUGGGAAAAAUACAAUAAUAAUAAUGCCUCAAAAUAUUAUUACAUCACAAGUGGAAGAUCAACGCUGAAUUGAUACACAAAGUACUAAUGUACACUUCCUUGAAAGAUGUGCUGCCCAUUUAAUUAAUGUUUUGUCUGAAGACAGUAACAGUCUUCCAUGCCAUACUCUUGAAAAUGUUAUUCACUAGUAGUUAGCAAAUACUGAUGUACUCUUCCCUCUUUUUUUAUUGAAGUCCGUAGAUUUUAGUUGAAAAUUCUGGAUUAUUGUAUGAUCAGCUAAUAAUGUGAAGCACACUUAAGUAAUAAUUAGGGUAUGUAUGACUGCCUUCUUAAUAAAAUACAAAGCCUUCCAAAGAAUGGAGUGAGGGGUUGGUGUGUAGUGAUGCCAGUAUGUCUUAAAAAUUAUGGCAAUGAAAUUUCAUUGGCUGUGUAUAAAUUAAGGCAUAAAGAUUAAUAGAGGUGUUGAGUUUUGAGACACACAGACAAGACCAAGAACUUAGAGAAAACAUGCACAAACGACUAAGUAGUGGCAGCAGACUACAUGAGGCCAUGACACCAGCUCGACUGGAGUGAGGGGUUGUAUGGUGGAAUGCAGAACAAGCACAGGCAUCAACAUUGGUGAGCACAGGCAAUGCGAGAUGACUUUAAGGAUUUGACUGGGAGGGGGAGCUGAACAGAGGAAGACUGGGGUAGAGCUUGUGGCUACAGGAUGAACGAAGUUAAGAUCCUGGGGUAUAUGUGGAUGUAGAGGUGCUUGUAGAGCAGGGGGCUAGCAGAGAUCUUGGCUGGGAGGAUUGCGAGAUUGAAAGGUGUACUGAAAGUCAACUCCCACUACAUAAGUGAGAGAAGCUGGUGUUACAGAGAAGAAUCCACAUAGUGUGUGUUGUGCUCAGCAUCCUGUUCCUCCUGUAGGAGAUAAACACUGUCCUUGGCCACUUUUGUGCCAGUGUCCAGUCAUUCGGAUGGACAGUUAAUUGGGUGUCAUGAUGCCAUCAAAUGCUUUUUGAUGACUCAGCAUGUUUAAGUCUUCUGAGAGUUGUUAGCUCUCCUCCUCAAAUUAUUGUUUCACAAAUCAAAGGCUGAUGCACUUGAACAAGGUGUGAAGUGUCUUAAUUACCUUUAAAAAUGUAAAAUGAACUUUCCUACAAUCUCAUCAUCUCACACUUGAUACAUGAUGCAUGGUGGUACUUAAAGUGCUGCAAAGUGUGUUUAAGGUGUGAUGUACAAACAGUGUUAAUGAUGGCAAUGGAUAUGGGGUUCCAUUCUCUUGACUGUCACUGUAGUGACCCAAUCGACCAAUAGAUCUUCAGUGCACUGUGACAUCUUAGUUGCUAGUGAGCACCAUGGGAGCAAUAUUAGGGUUCGAUAUUGGUGUGCUCCUCAUCCCUCAGCCCUACAUACUGGUGAAAAAAUUUACCAAAUUCCUUAUACUUUGAGCUCUUUCCAUGAAUUUGUGCAAUGACUAGCUCACAAAUAUUAAAUUUGGGUUCCUAUCUAUCUAUUAUUGGCAUUAAUCUGCAGUCUGCUUCCAACAAUUUCCUAUUUAGUAUUGCUUCAGGUACUGUAACAGCCAAAAAGUUUAUAUCUUAACUUCAAAAUCGACCAAUCUUCUAAUCAAAUCAGAACAGGACAUAAUUAGGAGUGAAACAGGUGCCCACUGUGCCAGCAAAACUGAAGACAUCAUCUUAUAUGUUGAUGAUAAUUGUAUAAGCAACCAAGAGAUAAAUGCAAAACUCUUCACUGACAAUUUCUUAAUUAUUGCUGAGCAAAUAGGCUACAAUGGCUCCUUAGAAAGUGCCAUUCAGAUACUGAAACACCAUUUUCCUAAUCCUAUAAGGGAUAUAAGUGUAUCCUCCCAGAACUAGAAAUGAAAUGACUAAAAUCAUUGCCUCUUUAGAAAGCAAAGGAUCAUCAGAUGUAGAAAAUAUUUACAACAAACUUCUACAAGUAUGCUCAGAUUAAUUAUGUAAAGUUUUGGCACACAUAUUUAAUGGUUUUGUAUAUCAGGUGUGACAUUACCUAAUAGUUUUCAGCUGAGUAAUAGCUCUCAAACUGGCAGUCCACACGAGUAAACCAUCUGAUAAUUUAUCCUCAGAUGCAGAGACUGCCUUUGUUUUAUGGGCUACCAAAGAUCCAGAAAACAGGUUGUAUUUGUCCCGUUUUGAACAUUAUUGGGUCACCAACUUACAGACUGGCAAAACAUGAUGUGUGCUUCACAUCAAGAACAUUGGUGUUUUUAUCAACCAAAUUAAACAUCUGCAUCUUGGUCAAGAUGAUAUACUGGUCAGCUUUGAAGUUGUCUCCCUAUUUACACUCCCUGUCAAAGAUUGCAUAGGUCUCCUCUCCCAGUUACUCAAUUGCACAAUUGUGGGAUUGUUUAAGCACAUGUUGAAAUCAUCAUAUUUCAUAUAUGACAGCCAGUAUUUCCAUCAGUUUAAUGGUGUGCGAUGGGAAGUCUGUUAGAUCCAUCUAUAGUCAACCAUUUUAUGGAGAAAUCCAAAGACAUCACUUGGGACACAGCUCCAGAUAAGCCAAGUUGCUUUUAUCGUUACGUCAAUGACACUUUUAAUAUCUGGUCCCACGGAUGUGAAAAAUGGGGAGACCUAUUAGAACACCUGAAAGGCAUUCACAGCCACAUUAGGUUUGAGAUGGAAGUAUAGAUAGAUGAUGAAUUGACCUUCCUUGAUAUCCUUGUUCAUCACACAAUGUGCACAGGAAACCUGCACCCACGGAUCGGUAUCUACAAGCUCUUAGCCACCACCAUCCAGCACAAAAAGUGACAUUCUGAACACCUUUGUCCACCAUGCUAAAUUCAUCUCAGUCACUGAAAAUCUGCCACUAGAACUAAGCCACCUCCUAAAAGUUUUCCGGGAGAAUGGCUGCAAUCACCUCCCGGUAUCACAGAGAUACCUGCCUUUCUGUAGCACAGUGUCAGGAAGGAUUAGCUGGCUCCUGAAGAGACAAAACAUCUCAUCAGUGUUCAGACCCCAGCAAAAAUUCAACAGCUUAUGAGAUCUGUGAAGGAUGAACUAGAUCUUAGAACACCUGGAGUGUACAAAAUUUAAUAUCAAUGUGGUUGCUAAUAUGUUGACCAAACAGUAUGCACUAGGAGCAACACCAAAUGGAACACAAGAGGUGCUUAUGGCCUACGCUAUCUGGAAAAAAUCAGCUGUGGCAGAACACAGUUUAGAAAACCAACACCAAAUUCUAUUGGAUGAAACUUCUGUCAUUAUGCGAAUGGAGGGAUUUUGGGAUAGUGUCAUAAAAGAAGCGGUAGAAAUAAAAAUAUCUGAGAAAACCAUCAACAAGAACGGUGGUUUGCAGCUCAGUACAGCCUGGAAUCCAGCCAUUGUGAGGUUGAAGUGGGCACAACAGAACAGGAUGAAAAUAGUAUCAGAUUUCUCAAGGAAGAGAGCACUAAAUCACAUCACAGCUAGCAGCACGGCUAUGUAAUAGUGAGGCCAUAGUUACAUUCCAGUCAUUUACAUCUUGACAAUAGCUGAGGAGAGCUCAGUCAAGAGCUCAUGAGAUUUUAACCCUUUGACACAGCUGGAAGCCUGAGAAGACUCCUAUUAAUUUCCUGAUGAUGCUCAUACUUCAAGUAACUGGACUAUGCACAACUCUGUUUAAAAAAAUGAUAGCUUGAUAAUGUCAUAGGAUCGAGCUGCACAUCCCUUAUUUCAUGCCCAGCAGCUGACGUGCUGCAAAUAAUAAUCUGAAGCUGUGAUGCUCCAGUCAAAUAGGUGUAUGCAUUGGCCAGAACUGUGAAUUUAGAAAAUACACAGAAACAUAAAAUAAAAAAUAAAUGAAUAAUUUAAUUAAAAAAAGUUAUAUUCUAAUGUUUGUAAUUGAUGUAGAUAACAGAGAAAAAUGAUGAAUAAUAUUUAUUCAUGAAAGUGUACCUCAACUAAACAAAAAGUGUCUGUGAUAUCCAUUAAAAUACAGACAGAAAAUAACCAUAUAAAAUGCAGAAAAAUUGCAUUGAGAGCGAUACGAGAAUGGUAGCAUAAUCCCGAAGCUAAAUAGACAUCCAAAAUGUAUGAAAACUAAGUUCAUUUUGUGAUCCCAAUACAGUAAUAUUCACCAGCUCAAAAUGGGUGAGACUUCAGCAUGGUGAUUAACAAAUUAACACACAUGAGAUAACGAGUACAAACUCAUACUCACUCUAUUCUCAAUUCCGUGAUGCAAUGGGUAAAAGUUGGAGAAUAGUAACGGUCCUUCACCGUCAAGAAUCAAUCACCUACACAAUCGAAUAACUCACUUUGCCAUAGGAAAAUUUACCUUCUUCCAGAAAAAAAUGUAAAAGUGUCUAUUCCGUAAUCCAAUCGGAAAAAGUUAGAGAACUGUGGCGGCUGAUCACUGUCCAGAAUCAAUCACCUACAAAACUGAAUAACUCACUUCACCUCUGGCAAGUGUGCCUUCUUCCAAAACAAAUGUGAAAGUGUGUGCAAAAGUUGAAGUAUCAUAGCAGCUGUUCGCUGCCCAGAAUCUUAUCACCCACUCAACAAUAAAAAAAAAGAAAGAAAAAAAAAACACUAUAUCACUAGCAGGUCCGGUUUCUUCAGGAAGAAACGUAAAAGUCCAGAAUUGCUUCAUAGAGUACAAGACCCGAAACAAGUCUCUCUCCACUUGACUCCCGUGGUGUUCUACCCCUGCCUGCUUCUCCAUUGGCUAAGACCAUACCCACCAAAAAUGCAUCAUUCUUAAGUACUACAGACAUGAUCUGACUCAACUUGAUCUCUUCCCGCAAAAA